CAUACAUUUACUCAAAAAUUAAUAAACAAUUAUUAUUUAAUUUAUUAUUAUAUUAUUAUUUAUUUAUAUAUUUUUAUUAUUAUAUUAUUUAGCUUAAUUAUUAUUUAAUUUAUUACUUAUUAAUACAAUAAACAAAUAUUUAGGGACUAAUGAUCAAUAAUAACUGUGAAACCAUAUUCAAUUUGCAAUUAAAUCCAAACUUCCGAGUGGUCAAUGAAAGCAGGAAACAUUUGCUUAAUCGAUAAAAUUGGAUUCCGUUAUCCCCGCCCGGGCUUCUCUCAUAAAAUUUUCAGAAAUUGUUUGCAUAAGUUUAAGACUUUAUCACGCAAUCCUUGUAACGGUAGUAUCCUUCGGUGGAAAGAUUCCGCAAAAGGCGCGAACAGUUGGUGCGUUAAUUGAAUUCUCGCAUCACGCAAUGUUUUACGGCUGAGUGAAUUAUCCGAGUUAUAGUGCAAUAAUUGAACUAAGGAUUUUAUAAUUUAUCGCCGACUAUCAGGUAAGAUGGCGAACCAUUUUAGUUUUUGUCCGGCAUGAAAUUAAGCUCACGCUCCACGAGUUUAUACCCUAUCGUCUCGUGACGUUUCGAUUUGCGGUGACUUGAUGGGCGUGUAAUAUCCUGGUGCAUCAAAAUUCCUAUUGAUACUUAUUCUUGUGAAGAAUUCGUAUACUAAAGAACUUCAUAGUGAAGAAUUUCGUAUCGAAUUAUGUUACAUACUUUCGUAUAUCGUGGAUAGAAAGCGAUGAAAAUAUUUAACAUCAAAUUGCAAAAUACAAAAUAAUACAAAUAAUAAGUUAAAAGUACAAAUAGAAGGACACGUUAUAUAUAUAAUACAAAUAUUGAAACAUUUAAGGUUCGUAUUUUUCAACUAAUUUAAUCAAUUUUAGUAUAAACACAUCGAACAAAUAUAUUAGAAGGAACUGAAAGAGAAUAUGGUAGGAGUCAUUCGAGUCAGAAUGGUACUGAAGGAAACAUGUGGAACGCACGAAGAAUCGUUGAACGUCUACAAUCAUCUCCGAGAAUUGUCAGUAGGAAUUGCGUGGAUGGCAUAUAUGUAUGAACAUCUCGUGCAGUAGUUUUCAGAGCUGUCGUAUGUUGCAACAUGUAUCGGGGUAAGGAUCGUUAUCGUAAAUUGGAUCGCAUUCCGGAAAUCUUGAAAUAGCCGUAAAACGUCGAAACCUGUUUAUAGUGAUGGGUAGUUCGAUGAUCGGAUGAGAUCGAAUGAGAUCUUACGUCGAUGGAAAAAUACUCGUCAAUUUAGUUCGUUCAUUGUAUUUCGCUUUCGUUCAUAUACAUUACAAAAUGUAAAAGUUAUUAUGUAGAAACUAUUAUGGACAUGUAUGUAUGUUUAAUGUUGUAGAUUUUAUACGUUGUAGAAUGUGAAAAAUAUUGAGCAAAUAAUAUUAUAUAGUACAUCAUGUACAUAUAUAUAUUAGGUCGUCCGAAAAGUUUCUUUCGUUUUAGAAGGAAAUAAUGGAAUGCACAACAUUUUCCGUUUUAUAUUAUUUUAUCGAAUUACGUAUGAUCCAUUUUGUUCUACCAAACUAAAGAUCAUAAUGUUCGACAGAUUGGGUUUCAUGUUUGUAUAAAGAUGCAUUGUUGUAAAAGACGUGUCUGGAAAAGAAAGACACUUUCCGGACAACCUAAUACAUACAGUAGAUACUCAAUACAUUCUGUAGAUAAAGAUAAGAAAAAGAUGUUAUAAAACACACGUCAUUGGAAGCAUUGUUAAACAAAAAAGUGCUAUAACAAAAAAGAAACGUUAUACGAAAUGAGUGACAGUGGAGUACAUUAGUACAAAGUAUGAAUAGACUAGAAAUACUUAAGUAGCAACAGUCAGAAUGUAACAUAAUUAGAGGUGUUCGAAAAGCCAAAAAUAUAAAAAAUCCGAUACUGGUAUAAUACGAGUCGUUUCGGGUCCUGAAAGUAUCUCGUAAUUCAAGAUUGCCCUAUUUGAGAGUUAUAAAAUUAUAUAGGAAAUUAUAAUAUUUCAUAAUGAAAUAUUAUAUCUAUCAUGUAUUUCGUUCUUAUUUUUGCUCAGUAUUCUAGUUUAUAUAAUUUGAACAUUCUCAAGAAUUCCAAAAGUCUUGACAAUUCCCACUUUCUCGAGAAUCCCGAAAUUCUCGGGAGUUCCGACUUUCUUAAGAGUUUCGAAAUUCCCGGGAAUACGAGAUACCUUCGGGAAAUCGACUCGAUCCCGGGAAAAAUUCUUGACCCGACUCAACCCGAUAUCUUCGGGUUAUCGCGUAAAUCUAAUCGUAAUAUUUCUACAACUUCAACUAUAACGCCAUUUCAAAAUCUUUGUUAUUAAUUAUUUAUUAAUUAUUAAUACUCUUUGAAGUUCUCGUUUAUUACUCGUUGAUAUAACUCUUUAACAAUGCUUCCAGUGACAUACGUUUGUACGGCAUUCUUUUCUUAUCUUGACCUAUGGAAUCUACUGAUAACGUUUGACUGAAAGAACUGGGUUACACUGUAUAUUUACUCACUAUUGUAGAUCCUCAAAAUAGAUCCCUUAAAUAUCAUUUAAGCGACAGAAUGACCUUGAAGUGACCUUGUAACGACCAAAUGAUUUGGAAAUGACCUCUUCAGAUGGCCUUAAAUAUCUCGAGCAACCUUGGAGUUACUGUUAAAUAACAUUGGCAUAAUCUUCGUGUGAUCUUGAGUAAGCUUCAAAUCUUUCUUUAAAUCAUAACUAAAUUCUUUAAAUGUUGGAAGAUAAUUUAUGCUUGUUUAUUGGUGUGACUUAACGAGUUAAGUGCGAUGCCUUAUAGUCUCAUGAGAAUCACUUGAGGAGAUUUACGCAGGAAACAUCCUCCACGUGACUAGGUCGCGGUUGCUAUCUAUAGAAAGACUUUCGCCUAGAGACCCAGCAACGGUAUCGAGGUAACAACAUGAGAAUAUAAUGAAGAUGAGAGUAUCUCAAAUCAUAUUCGAUUAUAUUGGCAAUCUCACGAAUACUAUAUUUUGAAAUGAUCUGAAAGCAAAAGUUAUAUUAAUAUUGUCAUUAUUAGUACAUCAAAUCAUUCAAAUAAUUAAUGUUUUAUAAAAUUCAUUUUGAUAAAUUUCUAGCUUACAGCUAGAACUGACAGCUAGAACUAACUUUCUCGUCUGCAUUUAUACGAUAAUAUACAUAAAUCAUUUGAAAGUACGUCAAAUAUUUUGUCCAGCAAUAAGAUUCCUGCUGCAUAGUUAUUAAUUUUAUCGCGAUAACUUAUGGUCGUAAAACGAACAAAUAAUUACUGGAUAGUUAGAAGAUUCUUUCCAUUCCCUGGGACGAACGCGCGAUUAAAAGUAAGAUCGCGGCGACACGUUCCACUUUCAUUCGUGGCCAGUUGAAAAUUCUGUCUUGCGUUGAUCAACACCAUAUUUUUUAUAGUAAUGUUAACGAGCCGCUGACCCAAAUAUUCUUCGAAAUGAGCGCGUUUCACUUUACUGAAAACGUGCCGAAAUAACGUCAGGACGUGUGUAUUGAAUCGAAAAUAUCAUUAGUAUGUUAUCCGCCGCUGUUCGAUGGUUUUUGAUAUCGGUUAAAUAAGUUUCUGACGAAAUGUUUUUGCACUUGCCAUCCUUCGCGAGAAUAAAGAUCAGCAACGAAUUGAUGAUGAGGAGAACCUCGUAGAAACAAAAGGCACCUUCGCGCAGUAAUGAGUUUCGAUUGGUUCCAAAGGCGAGACGUUUUUCAGCCUUUUUCAAACAGAUCUGUCUUCCAAUUUUGUGAGCAGAACGAAUUACAUCGUUUGAUCCUUUGAAAUAAGAGAGAUCGGCAGCCUUGAGGUCUUGACUUGAUGAUUCUUGUUUCGAAGGUCAAUUUUUCUUCUUGACCUUUUUGUACAAUUAAUCGCAAUUAAAGUCAUGACAGUGAAUCGACAAAUUGCAAAUUAUAAGUUAUAGACUUUUUUCUUAUAAAUUUACAAUUUUAUACGUACAACUUCGUUCGUUCUACCAACAAACCUGUUGGCAUUGUUCAAGAGAAUUUGUCGGAAUUGUUAACUUGUAAUUUAUGAUUCGUAAAAUUUCAAAUUUUCAUAUAAGAAUUAUUAUAGAAUUAUUGCCUAUUAAUAUAUAAUAGUAUGUAAUAUGUAAUAAUAUAUAUUACAGUAGAACUAUUGCAGUAAAAUGCAAAUACGCUCUAGAUAAUUUGAUGCUCCUUGAUAUCACAUACAGACGAUGAGGACAUUUAAUACAACGAAGGAAUAAAUACUUGAUCUUAAAAAUUCUUUAAUUGCUAGUGCAUAGUCAAGUAUGGUAUACAAAUAAUAAGAUGACAUACAGAGUAUACUAUAUUUUUAUUAAAAUGUAAAAAUAUGAGUUAAAUCGAAUAUAGCAUAUUACGACAUUUAAGCGUAGGCAACAAGUUACGAGUUUUAACUUGAUAUUAAAAGCCAAAAAAGAGUGAGAAUAUAAUGAAAAGAAUAAAUAGCCUGUACAUACAAUAACGAUCACUAUAACGGUAACGUUAUAUGGAUACCGGAAGUAUAAAACGACUGAGAAGGAAUAUAAUUGGUUCUCACGAAAGGAGCGAACAAGAGAAACGGGUAAUUUCAGCCGUGUAAAUUGUAUUGCUAUGUGGUGCUCAAAUAGUCUUUCAAACGUUCAGUGAAAGUAACUUGCACUAAUCUGUAACGAUAACAAAAAGAUACGCCUGUAUAAUUGUAAGCAGUAAGGAUGCAUGCAAAAAAGGUCUCGUAGUAUCACCUUUUUAGUAUCACAGGUAAUAAAAUUCCAACUUACUCUUUACAAUUUCUCCGUAGCUUCUGAGCAUUUUAUUCCAAGUUUGGGCAAGUUUCAUUUCAAAUGAGGAUACAAAGUAAAGGGUUGAAAUAAAGAAUCAUUUUAACUAGAAUAAUACUUCUAUAUUAGAAAUAACAUAGGAAAAAUAAGUUUAUUUAUAUCAUUUUCUUUAAUUAACCCUUGAAUUAAGCCUCAAAGAAUUAGGUGAAAAGUCAUUCUAUAUUAAUCUUUUUUAAUAUUGUAUUACAAUACCGUAUUUGCAAUAAUUGAAAACAAUGACUCUUCUGCUCUUCGUCAAGAAUCGAAUAAUAAUGAAACAUUUAAUCUUACAUUUAAAAAGCACGUGUUGCACAGGUCACUCACUUAUGAUAGUCUUUAAUAUUUGCAAAUAAAAUAAAUUACUUAUAUUUCAAUAUUAAUUUCUAUUUUAAAUAUCAUACUUUGCGUACACCUAAGUCAUAAACAGCAUUCCCAAAUUAUUUUACUCUCGUCUACAAUAUAUCUAUCCACAUAGAACGAUAUAUCAUUUAUAUAAUAAUUCUCCAAAUAUUUUAUUUGGACAAUAUUUAAGUCAACUUCGUCCAAACGAAACCCGUUUAAUUUCACCGAUCCACGGAAAACCGUUUCAUACUUCUUGAUAAAUUUUACGAGACGCUGGACGAACACUAAAUCUCCCAUGGAAUCCGAUCGAAAGCGUCAUUAACAUCGCCGGGUUUCUAGUCGCGGGGUUUCGAGCGCAUCGAUGCGUAAAUCAAGAACGAAGGGUUACAAUAUUCCUUUUACCACUUUAACUUGAACUCGUACGGUCGUACGCGUUCCGACACAACAAGACCUACUCUCUAGCUCAACGUGCACUUGAAUACAUGUACGCGAAUUGUUCACACGCUGGCAAUAACCAUUCUCUUUAUCGAGUUAAGUGGCCGCGGAUCGUUUCGCGAUCGAUUCGUCGUCCGUUUAUUUCGAUUUCCACGACUGCUUUAAAUAUCCGCCGCGCCACGAUACACAGGCUAUCGUUAAGUUUAACAGAGGAAACACCUCACGGCCGCGUUCCAACGAUCUUUAUGCGGGUUGCACGCGCCGUUUCGGAAUGCAGAUUCGCCACGAAGGACAAUGGAAACGGCGCCAAGUAUCUACCAAGCCAAGUACAUCGUGACAGUUUACGCGUGCCCCUGACAGUUUCACAGUUGGAUAUUUAUCGAGUGGAAGCUUAAAGAGGAUCGUGGGUUUACAAAACGAUCGAAAUUUGUUGGUUUAUCGAUUGUCUUCGUGUUCUGGAUUGCUUGAAAGGCUUCGAACAACGGCUACUAACAAAAAGCAAGAGAGGAAGGAGGGAAAAAGGAAAGGAAAAGGAAAGAAAGAAAAGAAAGUAUAGAAGUGAGCGGGACAAAAUACCUAAUUGCACCAACAUAAUUAAAAUAGAAGUUCCAAAUUACAUUACGGCACAAGUUUCCGAAAUAGGCAAGAUCUCUAAUUUCACCAACACAAUCAAGAUACAAAUUUCAAAUUACUCACAGUCACGAUAAAACAAAUUUAUAAAAAACAAAAAAAAAACAAAAAAAGAAAAGAGAGAAGGAAAGACACAACGAAAGAAAGUAAGGAAGCAAGAGGAUGAAAAGCAACAAUCGCGGUGAAAACGUCACGUGCUGUCGUAUCAAGGGUGACGCGGACGACCACCACUCUGUCGGUACUCCCCAUGAGUAAAGCUGUAGGCUGAGCCGAAGAAGAGCAAAGGAGGAGGUCGACUGGCCGACUUCUUCCUCCUCUCGAAUACGACACGCUUAUCCGGCCGUCCGGUUUUCUCGGUCAUGGCUCGACGAAGGGGGAACACGCAGGACGAAGCACGCUCGUUCCUACAUUAUCCCCACGUGAGUCCCGCCAGGCAUCGGGCCACGAUUCUUCUUCUCCUUUGGCAUCUCUCCUUCCACCUGAUGAAGACGAGGACCGUGCCCGUUCCGCGGCGGCUGUAACCAGAGGUCGGUGCGCUUCCACGAGCGCACAAUUUUUCGUCCCCUGGUGGAACACGCAGCCUCCAGACGUCGUUGUUCCGUGGACGUCGAUGAGAAGCGCGAUUGAACUUCAAGUAACGUCGAUUAAUUGCUUCAGAGACUUUAUUAGGCUUGAGGAAUUGUCGUUGAACCGGAGCACGUUGUUUUUGCUAAAGAACUGCCGGGUGAAUGAUUGAAAAUCGAUAAGGGAGGCUGAUAUUGAUGUUCAGUGAUUUGUUCUAUUUUUUUAAUUGAUUACUAUUAGAUAUUAGACGUAUUAAAGUAAAGAUAGUUUAUUUAAGCGUAUUUAGUACUGAAGAACAGGAUUAAAAGAAUUGGUGGUGAUAGUGAGUGUUGUACUGUGCGUUGGGAAGAGGUGAGAAGACCUUGAUGAGAGAUCAUAUGAAGGAAUGAUGAUGACGCGUGGACUAUUUUUUAUCACGGUGGCAGUCGUGCUACUGUCCUCGAUCAACGUCAGCGUUGAGAAGGAUUUGAAAGACGACGUGGAUCUCAACGAUCGUAAAGAAAACAACGAGACGACGGUCACGUCCAUCAAGAUCAACGACGUCGCAUUCAAGAACAGGACGGAUAAACUACGGGAGAGUCAAUUGGAAAAAGUUCGUGCGCUAUUGAGUAAUGGAAGUCGACAAAAUGCCAGCAGGGAACUCAUGCUACCGAAAAGCGCGGACAUCGCGAAGGUCAUAUCCGAUGAUCCCACUGGUGAUGAGGGAGGGUUGGAAGAAUUACCUGAGCCACAAGAAUUGAGGAUUAUAAGACCCAACCUGCGGAAACGACCUGGUUAUCGACCUCCUCCAAGAAGACCAACUACUCUAAAUCGAAGAAAUGUCUAUGCAGAUUUAUCGAGAACACCGCUAAUAAGACCACCCAGACGACCCACAGAAGUAAAACGAGAUCCAACAGAAAAAGAAUGUACUUUCUUCACGAAGACAGUUUGUCUCGAAGUAGCUGAUUACCCACACGAGGUGAUUACGAGGAGUUUGAGAAGCAACAAGGAGAUGGUCGCUGCAUUGUUGACUGAUUACAAGUCGCAAGAUUUUGACGAAUCUGCCGAAAGUCUUCCGAUUGCAUUGCCCCUGGAAAAUAAAUAUGAGAAUCGAUACGAGAGUAAUGAAAUUAGGAGAAGAUCCGAUGCAAGUUCAUCAUUUGAAAAUGUCGAAGAAGGUUUCACGUGCCCAUCCGUCAUCAAAUAUGCACGACCACAACUAGCUAGAGCCGCUUCCGGUAUUUGGAAAUACAUAAUAAACACCGGUGAACACACGCAAACUCUACGAAUGGAGAAAUGCUCAAACCCGCAGUCGAGCUGCUCUUUCAUAUCAGAGAACUAUCGAUCUUCUUGCAUGCAAGUGUACAAUUACCAUAGACUUUUAACCUGGGAUAAUAAAUUGGGUCUUCACAUGGAUAUUUUCAAAGUUCCAUCUUGCUGUAGUUGCCACGUGCACGGUUACGCUGAUAUUUUUCCACCUCAUCAAAAGGACCCAUCACUCACAAUUAAAGAAUCAUUUCCUGGAUCUGACUUCGCCACCAGCGAUCAAAAAGAUGACUUUGAAGAGUCUCCGAAAUUAAAUUAUUUAAACAAGUUCCCUUUCGAUUCAUCUCUUGGUUCAAGCAAUAAAAAACCUACAGUAGAAACUACCCCUAGUAGACCACCGUUUAUUCUACCUGUAAGAACAAGACCAAAGAAACCUUCGUCUACAAGUUCAAGGCCAUUCGAUAAAUUGCCUCAGCAACACGCACCGAAUACUAGAGCACCAGGAUAUACUGGACCAUUACUGAAAGGUUCUAGACCAAGUAGACCCAAUAGGCCACCAUAUAGAAGAGAAUCCACGUCUCAUGUUGAGGAACAAACCGAGACUGUGAACAGUACGAUUUUAAAUAGGUAUAGUCAACCAUACGAUUUGCAAAUGGACGCAACGUCAAGGCUACAAAAUGGUGGUUUCGACGACGAGUACCAAGAACCGCAGAGGCGAAUCAAUUAUAAUUACCACCCGAUUAUCGACUUUUUCAGACCAGAGGCAAUGAUGUUACAAUCGUCUGAAGAUUCGUCGACAUCGGAUCAAAACGAUUCCAAUUCGUGGAAACCUUUGAUUGCAUCUUGAGCGUAAUUUUGCUUCUUUUCGGAGUACCUGAUCGCUUUCUUUCGUAAGAAAUUAAAAUUGUCGGAUGUUCAUCGUGUUUUAACGUUAAUCAACCUUGCAAAAACGAAAGUAUUAUAUAUAUAAUAAAUAUAUACGUCGAAAGUAGAUACUACAAUUCGACUUAUUGUUAGUUUCAUAGUUUAUUUUCUGUACUCGCUCGUACUCGUUGGUGUCCUCCAAUUUCGAUUAAUAAACCGUUUUUAUGAUGCGUUACGUGAAACAAUGAUUCAUCAUGACAAAAAUAUGACAUUUAAGAAAUAAAAAUGUCGAAUACAAUUGUAAUAUGUGAUUCAUCCUUUGGGUUUAUAUUUUAUGAUCAUAUAUAGAAAAAUAAAUUGAAGGGAGGGUACUAACGCAAUACUUACGAUAAGUAUAACAGCAGCAAAUGUUUAACGCCUAUAGGAGUAUUACAAUCAUACAGUUGGGCAGGUGCAAUUGCAAAUACGUUACAAUUAAGCAGCGUCGCGCGAACUUUUAUAUAUUUAUUAUUCUGUACGUGUAUUAUUUAUAAAUCAUCGUUAAUAUAAUGUCUAUUAUAAAAUAUCGCUAGUUGGAUAUAUGUGUUUCGCGAAUCAUUAAAUAAAUAAUGCAACAGCGACUCGAUGAUAGUUUCUUGUUCUUAAUAUUGCACAUUCUCUACUAACAAAGAUUGCAUGCUGUUUCUAAACAGUUCCAUUUCUUAUUCCACAUUUCUCAACUCUUCAAUUGUCUUACUAAAUAGCUACUUGUCAAUCGAAUCGUUACUACUUCAUAAUCGUGAACCAUUAAACUGGCAUAUUCAUCAACACAGUAUGAUACAUAAGCAUUUUAAAUUAAAGAGAAACGUGAAUAUCGUAUUUUUAAAUUCAUUAAAUUUACGCCAAACUGUAGAAAUAUUUUUUAA